AUUGUCAUCAUUAUUAUAAUAGUUUUAAUAUCACGUGUGUUUUAGAUUUUAUUUGAAUUUAUAUUAUGAAUUCAAAGUAUAUUUAUAUUAUUUGUAUGAAUUCAUAAAAAAAUGAAUGAAAUGAGGAUACAUAACGUAAGAUUUUACGAAUUAAAACCCAAAUCUGCUACUUGCCUAUAUCAUGAAUCAGAAACUAAAAAAUUAGCACUAGCCAGAAAUAAUAAUUCUAUAGAGCUAUGGAAUGUUGAGAAUGCUCCAUUCAUCGAGUGUGUUAUUCCUGGUGAUGAAGAUAAUUCUAUAGAAAGCAUUCUUUUGAUCGGCUCAAGAUUGUUUUCGACCGGUCUUCAUGGCCUAGUUGUAGAAUAUAAUUUAGCAACAUUACAGAUCAAAUAUCAGGUAUCGGUUACUGGUGGAGCAGCAUGGUGCAUGGAUAUUAAUCAACAAAAAACACUUAUUGCAAUUGGUACGGAAGAUGGAUACAUUAAUACUUUUCACAUCACUGAAGAUACAUUAAUUUAUGAACGGAUAUUUGACAAACAAAAUGGGAGAAUUCUAUGUAUUAAAUGGGAUAAUACAGGAGAAAUGAUAUUCACUGGAUCAACGGAUACGGUGAGAGUUUGGAGUACCGUUUCUGGACAUGCAAUUCAUAAAAUGACUACAUCUAGAAAAGAAAUAAGAAAAGAUACUAUUGUAUGGUGUCUUGCAGUAACAGAUGAUAAUUUAAUUAUUUCUGGCGACUCUCGUGGAUUUUUAUCCUUUUGGGAUCCUUAUAUGGGUACUUUAAUCGAGUCUCAUGAAAGUCAUACUGCAGAUAUAUUGGCAGUCACAUUAUCUCGUGAAAAGAAUGUUGUAUAUUGCGCAGGAGUUGAUCCAGUUGUAAGAAGUUUUUGUAAAGUUACUCUAAAGUCCAGCGGAAAGUCACAUUGGGUUAAAGGAAUAGAAAGAAGAUUACAUUCCCACGAUGUUAGAGCUUUAGUAGAUGCUGAUGGUAAAUUAUAUUCUGCCGGAGUCGAUGGAUAUUUAUCUCAAUCGAGUUAUCCUCCAAAGGUACUUGUCAAAUAUCCACCCUUACUGCAGCCACCUUCUGUUGUUUUAUGUAAGAAGUCCAAAUGUGUAUUGUUGUGUUAUUCGAAUUAUCUUGAAUUAUGGAGAUUAGGAUCUUCUGUUCAAACUGCUUCAGAAACUGUAAAAGUUGGCAUGUUACAUCAAUUAGACAAUGAACCGAUAAAAUUAUUAGAACUUAAAACUAAAGGAGAUGAAAGUAUUUUAUCCUAUGCUAUUAGUAAGGAUUCAAAAACUAUAGUGUAUUCAACGAAUACUCAUGUCAGAGUAUUCAAUUUUGACGUAGUGCAGGGAGAUGCUAUAUUAUCACGGAAUGAUACAGAUAUAACUGUAAAAAGAAUACAAAAAAUGUUGUUCAGUCCAAAUGGUCAUCUAUUAGCAACAAUUAACAAUGAUGGAAAUAAGAACAUAGUAACGAUAUAUAAAUUAAGUAAAAAAAGUUUGAGACACAUUGGAUCAUUUCAUACAAUGAAUGAAUCUAUUGUAAAUGUUAAUCUAGUAUGUUUUUCACCGGAUAAUAAAUAUUUAAUAUGUUCUGACCGUCAAGGUAGUAUUGCAGUGUAUAUAGUCAAUGGAGAUCUUACACAAGAAUCUCUUCAACCAUGGCGACUGCCUAGUUAUAGUUGUCCACCAACAGCAAUGGCCGUACAUAAAGAUACUUUAAAUCUUGUCAUUGUAUACUCUGAUCAUAAGAUCGUUGAAUAUAAUUUAAUUAAAAAACAGUACACUCAAUUUUCAAAUAAUUUACAAAGUCGUAUGCCGAAACAAUGGUUGGCACGUCCGUUUCCAAUAAUAAACAUUUGUUUUGAUCCAUACAAUGAGAAUAUUAUAAUCAUGCACGAUGAUUCUAACGUUUAUAUAAUAAAUAAGGAAAACGAAUCGCUGGAAAAAGAAGCGAAAAUUCCAAAGUGUGAAAAUGACGACACUACGGAAGAUAGCAGCUCUGCAUUGAGUUCACAAUCGCAACAUGCUUUCAAAGUUGCUAAAAAGUAUAAGCACCUUGUCUAUUUGAACUGGUUGAACGAUCAAGAAAUGGUCGCGGUUGAAGUGAAUCCGAUGGCAUUGCUCGAAAAAUUGCCACCCCCGUUAAAACAAAAGUGGUUUGGCAUAUAAAUAAAAAAAAAAUCCAUGGAAACUUUCGAUUGUAUUCCAUACGAGAAGAUCUCCAGCCGACCAUUGCGGACGCCGUUCUGGGAACGGCUGGKGAAGGUUUCAAGGGAAUUGGUGAACAUUUAGUCGGGUCUUCCGGCGGUUUUCGCUUGAAAGUAUCCGCCGGAAGUGCCGCUUUUCUGCAUUCUUCGGCCAGCACCUGCGGUCAGUGGCAUUGGAACUCGUUGAAAUUCGUGACCGGUCGGCCGCACGAUUAUACGCACGAGUAUUUUUAUGGUACCUUUUGAAAAUAUUCACUGGACAAACAUUCGUAUCUUGCCAACCAUUUCCGUUCUGUUUCUCGUUCGGCUUUUA